AUGACUGAUGCAGUCGGCUCCAAAGAGUCUCGAAAUGCCGCUCUCCAGAAGACCGCCAACGAGGCUACUAGUGCUGGAUCGACCACUGCACCUGCCACGGAUUCGAAGCUCAGAGAAAUGACCUCGAUUUCUGCGCCAGUUAGAGCCAGCAUUGACCAAGUCAUGGCUGGUGCUGCGGCUGAGGCAGAUGCGGAUGGUGAUUCAGAGGCAGAGACAUUGAUUCAGUCACCAGAGAAGCAAAGGACCAUCACCAACCACACGUCCGUCACAGGAUCGGCAAGUGUUACCAGGCUUAAAGAUGGAGAUUUGGCUGUUGGGGCCACUGCGACCGAAAAUGACAACAAUUCCAGAAAGCGCAAGCGUAGCAUUGAUGAUGCGCAGGAUGAUCCCGCCUUUUCCGUCUCCAGUCGUCGCAGCUCGCCUUUAUCAUCGCCCCGAAUACCUCCGCAUUCCCCAGAUAGCGAUUCAGAGUUAUCAGACCAUAUCGCAUCUCGAAAUUCCAAGCAGGCGCGGCCUCAACGUGAGGACGAUAUCAUCAGUGUGCGUGAUGCCGGGGAAAAGCCAGUCAAGAACCAAAGUCGCAGGCGUCGUCCAAGCGAUAUUCUGCCUCCGAUAAGCAAACAUCGCACAAAGACCAGUAGCGGCGGAGUGGAUCCGACCUCGUCAGAACGCCGCGAAACCAGAUCUGCCACUUAUCCCCGUCAUUCUUCGCAAGACCGCUCUCCUUCGCCAAGGCCACAAAGAAGAGAACAUAGGCGUGGGAUAUCGACCCAGUUGACACUUGGCGAUGUUGAGAGGAAAAAGCGUGGGCGGCCUCCCUCGAUUCACACCAGACGAAGUGGUUCGGCAGAUAACACGCGCGAUCGUUCGGCCUCUUCGGACGUCUCAGACUCCCCUCGACAGCCACGACCCGUCCUCCUGCACAAGUUCUCGUCUACAGAGCAUGAUACCAUGUCGCCGGUCAAAGCCCCCGGCCCUCGCAAGUGGCGAGACAAGAAUGGUAGAACCUUCCUGUCACGAGCAUGCAGUAACAACGAUCUUGCAGCGGCGAAAAUCAAAUUUUCCGAACGACCAGAAGAUCUCAACCAACCCGACAAUGCAGGAAACACUCCGCUCCAAAUUGCCGCACUCCAAGGCUACGUCGAUAUCGUGAGGUUCCUGUUGGAGAACGGGUGCGAAAUUGAUACACGGAACAUCGACAAAGACACCGCACUUAUUGAUGCAGUUGAGAACGGUCACGUUGAAGUCGUCAAACUCCUUCUCGAAUACGGAGCGAAUCCACGAAUGGGCAACGCUAAGGGCGAUGAACCAUACGAACUUGUUCCUCAAGAUGACGAGAACUAUGAACAGAUCCGACGGCUCCUUGCCGACGCAAAAGAGAAACCCAGCAAUAGGCGAGUAUCUUCUGAGCACAACGACACGGCUCGAGACGGGAAUUCCUCGCGAGCAGCUUCUGCAGCUAGCCCCCGCGAUUCACCACCCCUCAUGGGACCUAGAAGUCCGCCUGCUGCCUACGGUAGGCGGAGAACUGGUCGCAGCGAAUCCACUCGUAAUGAUCUUCUCUGGCAAGCAAAUACUCAGGAGAAUCUGAAAAAGUUGGCGGGGAAAGGUGAUGUCCAAGGCGUGGCAAGUAUCCUCAACGUCCUGCAAAAAGCCGAAACGGAGUCUUUGAUAGCCGCCGCCAAAGCUGGGCACGAAGAGGUCUUGCAGCUGAUUCUGGCGAUGGGUGAUCCUGAAGCCGAUCCUGACCCAAUUCGAAGUCUGAGACCUGGAUACAACACCCCGAUGCUCGCAGCUAUUGGCAGAGGGCAUCCGGAAGUUGUCGAACUUCUCGUCGAGCAGCUAGGUUUCAAUCCUACGAGGAGGAUUCUUAAAGGGAAGACCUACUAUGAGAUCGCUGCCGAGCGGAGAGGUGAACGGUGGGAGCAGGAGUAUGAGAUUCUAAAGACGGCCUACGACAAAUACCACGCAACACAACGAAGAGUGAGCUCUACGCGGUUUACUAGAGAUCUAGACAAGGCCAAAGGUCGUGUCAAUCGCCGUUCACAAUCUCCGAACUCCAAUAACUCGCAAAAUUCCUCAAGUCCGAUCUUGACGCAAAGACAAUUGGCGGGCAAGCUGCCUAAUUUUGCUGAAAAAGAAAAGGAUCGAGACCUUGGUUCUGUAGACGGACAAGACAGGCGGAAGCAUCAUGUUUCGAAACGAGAUGUCGGAGGUUCACCUAUUGCUGUCUCUUCUGAUCAGGAUCAGUCGGUACACGCGUCGCGCAAAGGUCAUAUCAAACGUCGUAGCCAGAGCGACCUGCCACCACCGCCUAACCUGGACUCCGAGGUCACGCAUCGGCGAAGACGUCUUGUUACCGGUAAAGAGCACCGCAGCCGCAAGGGCAAUUUCGGUACCUCAUCAGAUGACGAAGACACCAUAGUCAUCAUUACUCCGGAAAGUCGACCGGCCACGGUACUCAAACGAACUCGGGAACACGUUUCGCCAGGACCAGCAGUGAUCGAGGAGGCUGACAAUGGUCGCAGCACUGCUAAGAAGCGAAGGACCGUCAUCGAAAGCAGUCCUGAAGAAACCCGCCCUGGCCCGAAGAAUCUCAAGCGUGGCUCAUCCUCUCCCACACUUGGCCGCAAAUCGGAUGACGGAUUUGGUCCGAAACGCGAGAAAGCCAGAUCUCAGCCAGCUAUCCAAGAAGAUACGAAGGAAGCCAUGGAGAUUGACAAGCACAGGCCUGGACUAGACACACCGAGUGACACUAUCGAAACUGUAGCAUCGGCGGGUCCUCCCGGCCGAGCAGGCUUUCAAUCAAAGGUGACUCUUGGAGAAACCAUCAAAGCCGAGCCGGUCGAGAGGGGCACUUCUGAGACAGACCUUCAGCAUCAGAGAGAAGAAAAUGCCCGUAAAGCCGAAGAAGCUAAGCGACUUGAGGAGAUCAAACAGCUUGAAGAGACCCGACGUCUUGAAGAGGCCAGACGGCGUGAAGAGGCACAACGCCUUGAACAGGCCAGACUCGAAGAAGCACGUCGACUUGAAGAGGCCAAGCAAGUCGAAGAGGCACGUCAACUGGAAGAAGCCAAGCGAGUCGAAGAAGCUAGACGACUGGAAGAAGCUAAGCGAGCCGAAGAAGCUAAACGAGCUGAAGAGGCACGUCGACUUGAAGAGGCUAGACGGCGCGAAGAGGCAAGACGACUCGAAGAGAUCAGAAAGCGUGAGGAGGCAAGGCGACUGGAAGAGGCCAGGAGGCGUGAGGAAGAAAGAAUUGCGGCUGAGAGGGCAGAGGAAGAACGGAGACUUGCGGAAGAGGCCGAAAAACGUCGAAAGGCUGAAGAGGAAGCUGCUCUCAGGCGGAAGGAAGAGGAGGCACGGAAAGAGCGCAUUAGGCGUGAGCUCGAGGAAAGACAACGCAAACAGGAAGAGCAGCUUCGAGAGCAACAACGCCAAGAGCGACUCGAGGCUGAACGGCGCAGGCGAGAGGCGUUGCCAGCAUUGCUUAGGCAAUGCGCCCUACUCGUCGACACCGGCGAUUCCAGGGCCAGAAGUGAGCAUUGGUUGAACCUUUUCCUGCCAUUGUACACUGUCAAGUCUGCACAGCUCGAUCCCAAUACUCCAGACGCCGACCGGGACAACCUCUGGAUUCCAAAUUUCCAAGUUGCUGGACUGCUUGCGACCAAGGAUUUGAAUCUCCGAAGCUAUACUUCUCUAGAGAGACGACCGGUCACACCACACGAACGACAACGUCUUUGGCAAGUGUCGAGGAAUAACCUGUCAUACGAGUUCGAAACCAAUCAGUACAAUACAACAAUCAAGAUGGCGAUUCAGCGCGAGCGAGAGGAGCGACCAAAGUUCUUUGCCAUGGAGGAACUUUUUUGGGUCAAGCUUUCCGACUUCGAGGAUCAGCUCUUCCGACAUCCGCACCUGAAGAACCUGAAAAUCAGGAAACAGCCUAUCUCACUUCGCGUCCUUCCGUUGCAUCAGCAUAACACCGGCGGAUCUCCGUCGCAGAGCGCUGCUGCAUACCCCGACUUUGGUAAAAACUCGGAAGGAGAAGAGCCCACUUCCCCCGUCGAAGAAGUCGCCGCGGCCGAUGAGGUCGAAGUCUCUGGUGAUGCCGGCGCCUCUGGUUCUAUGUCCGUCCUCGACGCUCUAAAAGGAGUUCUCAAGCUCGCCCUCAUUCACGAUGGCCUCGCUCGCGGCCUGCGCGAAGCAUCCAAGGCGCUCGACCGUCGCCAAGCGCACAUGUGCGUCCUCAACGAGGCCUGCGAGGAGGAAGCCUACAAGAAGCUCGUCGUCGCCCUGUGCUCCGAGCACAAGAUCCCGCUGAUCAAGGUCCCCGACGGCAAGAUGCUGGGCGAGUGGGCGGGUCUGUGCGUCCUGGACCGAGAGGGCAACGCCCGCAAGGUGGUCAACUGCAGCUGCGUCGUGGUUAGGGACUGGGGCGAGGAGAGCCAGGAGCGCAACGUCCUGUUGAACUAUUUCCAGACCGAGCAGUAA